GAGCCCCGACUGUUCUCCAGUUUCGCGUAUGGAAGGUCGUUGCCGGUCUACCCUCUGUUGGCCCCUGGUCUAGAGAUGCAUGGGGUGGGGGAGUAUCUGGCAUGUCACACCAUGCUGCUGGCCCACGCCAAGGCUUACCACCUUUACAACAACCACUACAGGGAGGUACAGCAGGGUCAAAUAGGAAUCGUGGCAGACGGGUUCUAUUACAGGCCCGCUACUAACAAUCCAAAAGACUUGGAGGCAGCUGAAAGAGGGCUUACAUUUGAGCUAGGAUGGGUUUUACACCCCAUCUUCAGCCAAGAAGGAGAUUAUCCCACUAUAAUGAAGGAGAGAGUAGCUGAGAACAGUAUGAAGGAGGGAAGGUAUAGAUCUCGGUUACCAUCCUUCACACCAGAGCAAAUAGAAAUGAUCAAAGGGUCUGCAGAUUUCCUAGGGCUGAAUCACUACACAACAUACGUCGUAUCUGAGGGUGAAUGUGGAGCCAACCCUUCACAAAACAGGGAUACCAACUUUAUCAGAUCUAUUGACCCUAAAACCACAACCCCUAGAUAUCCUUCCUGGCUCGCUGUUGAACCAGAAGGUGUAAAGAAUAUUCUGCAGUGGAUCAGAAGGAACUACGGAAAUCCAAAAGUGAUCAUCACAGAAAAUGGUUGCUCUGAUCCUCACAAACUUGAGGACAAUCACAAAGUAGAAUAUCACAAGGCCUAUCUAAAGCAGAUCCUGGAGGCCAUCAAGGAAGGCUGCAAUGUCCAAGGAUACACAGCUUGGAGUUUUCUGGACAGUUAUGAAUGGGACUGCGGCUAUACGGAAAAGUUUGGUCUGUAUCAUGUUGAUUUUGAAGACCCUGCUAGACCUAGGACUCCGAAGAAAUCUGCAAAGUUCUACAAAGACUUCCUACAAACAAGAUGUUUACCAUGACCCACCUAAAAGUAUUUGUAUUUAUUGUUUUACAUUUCUAAUAAAACUAAUCUGUUUUUAUUUGUUAA